AUGAUGAAAACUCGAGUCCGUCUGUUGCUGCUCUUGUUCACUGGUGCUCUUACCUUGUUCGUAGUGUUUUUUGUCUUCGAUGAAAAACCCAACAGCGUAGACAUUAAAGACAACAAGUAUUAUAGUCAAAAACUUAAACCACCGACCCAUUACAAGCCUGCAAAACAACAGUAUAUCAUACAUCCACCGCAUGUAGAACGUACAUUACCCAAUCGAAGUGGAAUCGUUCCAAGAGACGCAGUUUGGCAAAAAGUCCAAUCAACAAAGUACAAAUUUUUCAUUUAUUCAGCAUACUUGGAUACAAGAAUCAAAUCUGUUGGACCAUUGGUACGCAUAAUUGGUGCCACCAAAACUCGAAAACCAGAUCCAGUUUGGUGUAGAUUAUGGUAUGCAAAUAGUUCCAAGACUGUUUCAGCAUUUGUGAAAGCAAUCCGGGAAAACUGGAAUCUAAAGUACAGUGCAGUAUUUGUGUUGUGCAAAUUACCAUCAGACGGAAACCAUCCGUUAAGCGUAUCUAUUGUAUCUCAUAUUAAAGAUCCAAUUACGAAUGAAAUUCUGAUUCAAAUGCCAAAACCAACUAGUCAACUCAAGACUGAUAUAGAAAUUUGUGUUAAGCCAUUUCAUUAUUAUUAUGAUCGAGCAAUACAACUUAUGGAAUUUGUAGAGUUAAAUUAUUUACUCGGGAUUGGACAUUUUACAUUUUAUAAGAACACUAUUGGGCCAAAUGUUGAAUGUGUUUUGGACCGUUACAUAAAAGACAAUUUGGUUUCUGUUUUACCUUGGCAGUUGGAUAUGGCAUCCAAGCAAGAAAUCAGAACUGAAGGAAUGUUUGCUGCGCUUAAUGAUUGCUUGUAUAGAAAUAUGUACAAAUCAAAAUAUGUGGCAUUUUUAGACAUAGAUGAAAUUAUUGUUCCUAGACAAAAUGAUACUUUAAUCAAAUUAAUUAACUGGUUAAACAUUUAUCAAACUCCAGCUGCUUAUUCAUUCCGUAAUGCCUUCUUCUACAUGCAAUGGGCUGAUGAUGACUCUUUACCCUUAGAUCAGAAUCCAUUUCAUUCAAAUCUUGUAGUAUUACGUAAAACACGGCGUAAGACUAAAUUGCAUCCACAUAAACAACGUUCAAAAUAUAUUUGUGAUCCGCAACGAAUAGUAGAAGUUGGAAAUCAUUUUAUCUGGGAGUUUUUAAAUCCUAAUGAUGGAACAUUUUAUUUUACCCCAGAACGUGCAAUACUUCAUCAUUAUAGGGUUUGUGAGUAUGGAGGAAAUGAUUGUGUAACUGCAGACUCUACAGUGGACCGCACCGUGUACAGGUACAGAAAAAAAUUGGUCGACAGAAUAACAAAUACUCUUAGCAACUUGGAUACAAAUUGUCUAAUAGAAGCUCAAUCAAACACUAAUGAAACAAUGUACUUCUCAAAUUAA